UAACGUUUGAAGGGACUUUCCGUUGUAAAAAAAAACAAAAACAAUUUGAAUAGUUUCGGUUUCGGUUCGACACUCACCAGCUCGGUCGACGACUGAACAGGCAGCCGGUGGGGAAUCGUUAAUUAACACUGUUUAGUUUGGUAAAAGGUAAAAUAUCGUUUUGGUUUCAAGUUCUCAGACGAAUAUAAAACAUUUGCCACAAAAAACUCGGCUCGUCCAAAGGGAAUAACUUGUGCAUUAUGCAGAAAAUGAGCUACUUCUUCCCUCUGUCCUUCGUGUGCCUGGAUGUGUGCGUGGUGCACGCCAUCCGCCUGGCCCAGCUCUCACCUCUCUUCAUCUCCCAUCCGUUCGUCACGCUGUGGGGAGGAGGGUUGACCAGGGCUUGCCUCCUUGCCGUCCUCACCCUCACCUACCCUGGAAGCCUGCCGUGGAUGAGCAGCUUCAAGGGGCUACAGAGCUUAGGGGUCCUGUGCUUCCACUUCCCGGUGUACAUCACUCUUCUCUGGGCGCUAGGGAAGUCCAUCAUGGAGGAACUGUGGGGGUGGCACUCCUGGGAAAGGGUGUUUCAGGGUUAUGUUGUGACGGUGGUGGCGUGGCUCUACUGGAGCCGAUAUGUGUCAUCUCUUUUGCUCUCCUGGGGUCGAUACAUCUCAUCUCUGUUGACAAGGGCACCGUCCAAGAAGCCCAAAGAGGACACUAUUACCCCUCUAAAGAGACUGAUCGAAUACAUGCGGCCCUAUUCCUGCCGCUUUGUUGCUGUGCUGUGUCUCGUGGUUCUCUCCUCUUAUGGUGAGAUGGCUAUUCCUCAGUACACUGGUCGUGUGGCUGACUGGAUCAUAAAUGAAGAAGCACCUGAUGCAUUUACAGAGGCCAUCACAGUUAUGACGCUACUGACUGCUGCCAGUGCUGUGCUUGAGUUUAUAUGUGACCUCAUGUACAACGUCACCAUGAGCCGCAUACACACUGCAGUGCAGGGAUCCGUCUUCCAGGCUGUGGUGAAACAGGAGAUUGCUUUCUUUGAUGCCAUUACGACAGGUGAACUGGUGUCCCGCAUGACCACGGACACCAAUGACAUGAGUGAGGCGCUGAGUGAGAAACUGAGUCUUCUGAUGUGGUACACGGCACGUUUUGCGUUCCUCAUAUUUUUCAUGGUGAGCCAGUCUUGGAAAAUGUCCCUGCUCACUUGCAUGGGACUGCCCAUCAUCUGGGUCAUACCUGAGCUCACUGGACACUUCCACCAGACUAUUGCUGCAAAGGUUCAGGAGUCACUGGCUAAGGCCAACCAGGUGGCCACAGAGACCUUCUCCUGCAUGAAAACAGUGAGGAGUUUUGCCAAUGAGGAGGGUGAGACAGAGAGAUACAGACAGCGGCUGGACGAUACUUACGCCCUUAAUAAAAAGGAAGCAGCAGCCUAUGCAGCCUCUACUUGGGCUAACAGCAUGACCACAUUGGCCCUGAAGGUAUGUAUUCUGUACUAUGGAGGGACUCUCGUGACCAGGGGGGCAGUUAGCAGUGGAGACCUGGUGUCAUUCGUCCUCUAUGAGCUGCAGUUUGCCUCUGCUGUUGAGGCUGUCAUGCGUUACUACCCAGAGGUGAAGAAGGCAAUCGGUGCCUCUGAGAAGAUCUUUGAAUACUUGGAUCGCAAACCGAAAAUUCCCCCAGAGGGCAGUUUGGCACCUGAAAAUCUUAAGGGGCACAUUCAAUUCAAAAAUGUUACAUUUUCCUAUUCUGGCCAGACAGACGAAGACAAGCUUGUGCUCAAGGACGUGUCUUUGGAGCUAAAGCCAGGCAAAAUCACUGGCCUUGUGGGGCUUAACAGAUCAGGGAAGUCCACCUGUGUCAAACUGCUGGAGAGAUUUUACCAGCCCCAGUCAGGGGAGAUCCUACUGGAUGGGAAACCACUGCUAAGCUACAAAGACCAGUACCUACAUGACAAGAUUGCUGUAGUGAGCCAAGAUUGUGUGCUGUUUGCUCGCUCUGUCCGGGAGAACAUCAAGUACGGCUACGAGGAUGCCUCUGAUGAGGAGAUGUACAGGGCUGCCGAGCUGGCGAGUGCCCAUGGGUUCAUCAUGGACCUGUCAAAUCAAUACAACACAGAUGCCGGAGAGAAGGGAGGCCAGGUGUCUGGAGGCCAGAAGCAGCGUAUUGCCAUAGCCAGAGCUUUAAUCAGACGUCCCAAAAUCCUGAUACUGGACAACGCCACCAGUGACUUGGACACAGAGAACGAAUACCAGGUCCACCAAGCUUUGUUAAACCAAACCAACAACUGCUCCGUGCUCUUGAUAUCCAACAACAUGAGUGUUAUAGAGAAGGCCAACCAUAUAGUUGUCCUCAGUGACAGGACGGUGAAGGAGGAGGGCAGUCAUGACGAGCUGCUGGAGAAAGGCGGUCUUUAUGCUGAACUGGUGAGAAAGCAGAACAUGGGCUUUCACCGUAAAGAAGAGGAAGCAAAAUGAUGUACGUUGAUAUGUGCGGGCUGUUGCUGCCCUCAAGUCAGAGAAGCACUUGAGUUAUUGGAAGGUUGCUGAUUAACUUUAGACUCAGUGUUUGUGUCCAUAUUGUGUUUUUUGUGGCAGAAAAGUGUUUGCAGGGCUCUGGGGAGUGCUGGGAUGAAGCGCUUGUCACACAUAAAAGUCAGAGCGCUCUGCAAACAGGACGCUGAGUGCUGCAAGUUUUCUCUAGACGGCACAUGCUUACAAUUAAAAAAAGACACUGGGGCUCAGAAAGAAAAACGCUAUAUGGACACUUAAAGGCUCAAAACUUCAGCAAUACUUGUACUAUAAAAAAUAACUUCAUUGUGAGACUGCACUCCGUACAAGUGUUGCUAUGGUUUAUGCCUAUAAUUGUGCCUUCCGCACAUUGGAAGUAGGUGACGUUCAACAUUGCUUAUAAUGAUACAAAUUCUACAAUAAAUUUUAAUCAUCUUAUGGUAUUUAUUAUCAUAUCACCCAACCCUGCUUUGCACUAGGCAGCUCCCAUAUGCCAAAUAUCUGGGAAUGGAAAUCAUAUUGAAGAGAGUUUAUUGCUUCAUACACUUUGCAAAUGUAGAUGUAAAAGGAUUUUAGGUAUUUCAUAUUGCAAUAUUUAAGAUUGAGUGUGUCUAAAUUUUCUGGUGAUAUAUAUUUUUCAUAUUUGUCUUUAUUUUUUAUUGCACUUUUCUCUGUAAUGAUGAUUCCUUGCUUAUGUAAAGUGUUUAAACCUGUUAGUAGUCUGUGUCUCUCCCCACAGUUUCUAAAGUAAAUUCAUUAAUUCUC